UGACAUGACUCGUCACGCUUAAGAGUGUUCACUGUAUCCCAUUUUAAUAGUAACAAGAUGAAGGAUAAAGUACACUUUGAUGCAUAUGCAUAAAUCCUACAGGAUUACAUAUAGCGAUUCCAUACUGGCAUUUGCGUUAGAGGAUUUUACUUGAUCUUUAUCCAUCCGGCAUCGUUUGGUAGUCAAUGGCGGUCUUCAAUUGUGGACAACAUAAAGGCGUUCAACCAUAAAGCUCACUUUUUGGUUAAUCAGGGUUUAUUUUGAAACGAAAUUAUGUAAAUGUGUAUUUGGUUGGAUUAACUGUGAUUUCACUGGUGAUAGAUGGUCGAAGUAUUACACUAAUCUGGCAGAUUCGUGGUAAUAGAAAGCUCAAUCAGUUACAUUUGACAAGGAUAAAGUUGAUGUGCAAGCCUAAUCUCAGCUGCACUGCGAAUAAAAACUGUAACGAAAUACACUUAACAUCUUUCACCCAGUUUUCUUGGGGUACGUGUUUGCAAAAAAGACCGUGUUAAAGUAGGUAUAUCAGAUUUGCUCGGAUUUAUUGGACAAUUGCAGCAAAUCAGCAACAUGACAAGAGUUUACUUAGGAGCCCAAAUAUUUACAAGACUCCCAUCUUAACAAGGACGCUAUUGUUAUUGUUGAAGAACGCGCUGUUGAAGUGUUUUAAAAUUCCACUGGCUGGAGAAAUGCGCUGCAUCAAUAAUUUGUGAGGAGGUUUUAAAAAUAGAAUUCGUAGUUAUGGAAAGAUAUGAAAAUUUAGGACUUGUUGGUGAGGGUUCCUAUGGUAUGGUUAUGAAAUGCAGGCACAAAGAAACAAACCAGCUCGUUGCUAUAAAGAAAUUCAUAGAAUCUGAAGAUGACAAGAUGGUUAAGAAGAUAGCAAUGAGGGAGAUACGUAUGCUAAAGCAACUUCAUCAUUCAAAUUUGGUCAACCUAUUGGAAGUUUUUCGACGAAAGAAACGCUUGUUCCUAGUUUUUGAAUAUGUUGAUAGGACAGUUUUAGAUGAUCUUGACAAAGCUCCAAAUGGGCUAGAUGAAACAGCAGUUAAGAAAAUAUCUUAUCAAGUUCUCAGAGGAUUAGAUUUCUGUCAUACACACAAUAUUAUUCAUAGAGAUGUGAAACCAGAAAACAUCCUAGUAUCAAAAUCCGGAAUCGUAAAACUAUGUGAUUUUGGCUUUGCAAGACCUUUAGCCAUUGGACCUGGUGAAGUCUAUACCGACUAUGUUGCAACCAGAUGGUACAGAGCACCUGAACUACUUGUUGGAGACACUAAUUAUGGAAAAGCUGUUGAUAUUUGGGCAGUUGGGUGCCUGCUGUCAGAGAUGCUGACUGGUGAACCACUUUUUCCCGGAGAUUCAGACAUUGAUCAACUUUUUCACAUAACAAAGUGCCUAGGUAAUCUGACCCCAAGGCACCAGGAAAUAUUUAGUCGCAAUCCUUUAUUCAUGGGCAUGAGAGUACCAGAAGUGAAAGAAACGGAGCCAUUAGAAAAGAAGUACCCAAGGAUACUUCAUGAUGCAAUGAACAUUAUUAAAAAAUCCUUGGAGCUGGACGGCAACCACAGACCCUCCUGCCAGCAAAUGAUGAAGCAUGAUUUUUAUACUAGAGACCAGUUUGCUGAAAAGUUUCUAGUCGAAUUGAAAAACAGAGUGGAAAAGGACAAUGCGGAAAAUCCGUUGCUAAGAGCGCUUGCAAAUAGACGGGAGAGUGCGGAAGAAAAGGUGAAACGAGAACGAGAAAAGGAAAAGGAAAGAGAGAGAGAACGCGAGCGUGAAAGAAGAGAGAAGAAGAACAAAAAGGAAUUGGAUUUAAAGAAGAAGCGGGACAUAUCCAUGAAAGCGUCCAAUCCAUCAUUAUCAAAAUCCUCUUCGUCCCCCGAUGCAAAGAUAGCCCAUGUUUCAACAUCUAGUGAAAAUUUUCACCACCAGAAGAAUGCAAUGCACUAUGGUAAUAUUCAGUUGUCCCCUAUUCAUGAUUCGGAACAUCACAAGGAGAAUACUGAGGAUGGCAUGGCCUUAAAUCGUUCGGAUACUAAAAUGAGCUCGAGAACAACACUGGGGUUGAAUAUCUCAGCCCCUGGUGCAGAUUUACCUCAGGCGUCAUCACAAGGACAUAGGGGAUUGGAUCCAAAGUUAAAAAAAGUAAGUAGUAUAGGACACACUAAAAAACAAGCAUCCGAUUUCAACGGCCAUCUGACAUCGGAAAGAAUGACCCAUCAAGACCAACGGACCAAUGCCAUCGAUCACGACAAAUACAGUAGAAACACGGGAGACGAAUCAACUUUUUCUGAUAAAUAUAAAAAGAAAAAUAUGCGACAAGAGACUAAAGAUUAUUUGAUACGCGAUUCACGGACUGACGUGGAGUUACCACCCGUAUCGGGUGUGACAUUUCCUAGUGUCAAAGGUGCUGAAGGCAAGCAUCAUACAAAGACGUACUCGAAGCAAAACAAGAAAACGUAUUUUUCUACAAUGCCACACAUUUCAAACAUAGAUCCAUUUCAGAGCGGAUUUAAUAUAAAUAGUAGAGAGUCACCAACUGACGGACGAAGUACAAACCAUCGUGACAGAGACUCGAAAGAUGUUAGAAAUUUUCCUGCAGUAUAACCCCAGAAUAGAAGACAACGUUGACUGUCUUUAUAAUGGUACAAAUGCUGCCAUUGCUGCUGUGACAAAUAUAAGUAGUGGUUUCAAUAGCUACAGUUGAGCUUUAAAUAACGGCAAAUGCGUAUGUAAAAAGAUCUUCAAGAAAUCUUUAUUUUUUCAUGCGUAGUUCGGAUAUAGUGUAAAAAUGGACUUGUUCAGAACCUUGCCAAGCUAUAUUACGUCAUAGCUGGCGUUAACGAGCAAGUGUAAUCAUAGUCAAUAGAAAAACUAUGAUACUAAAAAAAUUUGUUCUAUUGACUAUGGUGUUGACUAUAAUAGAAAAAGUUUAUUCUAUUGACUAUGGUGUAAUUGAACACCAAGAUUCUGUAAAAUAAAGGGUCUUGAUAGAGUUUUAGAGAACAUUUAGCUUGAUGGUUUAUAAUACCUCAAAGAGGGAAAUUAUUUAUGGAAGGAAUUUGUGCGGAAUCAUCAGAAAAUUAAUCAAAAUCCUGCAGAAUCUCGAGCUAAGGUCUGAUCCCGAAACGAAAUUCCGAGAUUCGUUAUCGCAAAACCUUCAUGCGUGAAUAAUUUCUUCCUUCGUUGUACAUCUGAUGAAAUGAAAUUAGUCAAGAAAACAAACCUAGCCUUAAACUCUUUAGAAGGAAUAAAAGACCAAAGGGUGAACUAAGAUUUUAUUCAUACCCAAAACCGAUGUAAAUAUUAAUGAGAAACAAUGAGAUUCAGUAGUAAUUUUUGGGAAACAGGCUUAAAGUUUUUUUGCCUAUUUACAAUCUUGGAUAGUUACUGUUUACAGCCUAUUGCAAAAAUCAAGUGAGUUAAAACCCCUUGGGUUUGGCGAAAUUCUCAUUUGCUCGUUCAGACAUUAAAGAAAAAAAUUCAUACAUUUCUUUUCGAGAAAUUGCCAACGUACAUCUCUUUGCAAGGGUAGGAUUGUCGUAUCUUCUGUAAGAAAAGCAUUGUAAUGGCAGCUUUGAAACGGUUAGAAAAAAAUGGAACUCGACGAGAAAAACUUUAGCCCAAAGACGAAAGGAACGCUUACUUUAUGCUAAGCAACCGUUAUUAGCAAAAUGGUACCAUCCAGCUUCAAAAGUCCUUCAAUGCGGUAUAUGAGUAAGUGAAGAAUCAUGUAUAAAUUUUCAAAAGUGCUUCAACUAAAUUAAGUUUUGCAGGAAGAAUUCAUGUUGCCAACUUUCUCUGCCAAUGGAAAUCGACAAAAGCAUGAAGAGGCGCAAUGUUUGUAUACAUAAUUGUCACAAAGUGUACAAAGACGAUUGAGUGUCGACCUUUCUACACAUACUUGCCAAAAUAGAAGUAAAAUGUUGCUUGAAGAUUUACAAGCAAUUCUUUUGUUGGAAUCUAAGUUGUUGAGCGUAAAGAGAACAGUCUCGUAGAUGCUUUUUAGGGCAAUCCGAAGUUGACGUUUCAGUAACUUAAAGAGUUACUUGUGCAUGUGACAUCUCCGUGCUCCCUAUUAGGCUUGUCUUGGUGUAUAUUUAAGAAAAAUGUUCAAGGUAAUUAAUGGAAAGAAACUACGCUGUUUCUUUUCUUGAUUAAAAAUAUAAUUUGGUGUUCUAGGAAAUUAGGUUUGAGUGAAGUGGAAUUAUUUUGAACUGAAGUUGACCUCAGCUCGAAAAAUUUUGACAGUAUUUAUCCUUCUUUUGCAGCAUAAAGUUUUGUUACUAAUAACUAUUUUAAUGUUAUUUCAAAUGGCUUGCUUUGUUUUAAGCAUCAAACAUUGUCGUUCAUGCUUCGGUUUCUGUUUUGUAUAUUCAUUCGUACUUAGCAUUAUGUAAAUUAUAACUCGUGUAAAUAUUAUAUAACCACAAACCUUUAAAUAUUUGGUUUAUAAUGUAUUUUAAUAAUUGCUGAAAAUGGAAUAUUCACAAAUAGGAAGAAA